AUGUUUAACUCCUCCAGUGAACUGGAGUUUUCGAACCAAACAAGUUCGGAGGAAAUCGCCCAGCUCGCUUCCCUGGAGUUGCCGUCCAGAGGAAAAAGCUCCACGUGUUUAGCCGAAAAACCUGGCUACCCCGAUUCCAUCUACGUUAUGGCAGCGAACAUUUUUCAGGGCAUUCGAAUCGAAAAGUCACCAGAGAAGGUCUUAAUCAAGUAUGGGAAUGAACCUCUACCGGCCUCCGAGCCUGAGGAUGAAACCUUCCAGCGUUUAUCCUAUGAACUGGCGUUCAGUGCCCUAAAGUAUCAAGAUAUUUUGGAAAGUAUAUUAAUAGACAGUUAUAUCUUCCCAAGUACCACAAUACCAGAUCAUUUGAGCAGUCUUAUUAUUGUCAUGCUGUAUGAUUUCCAAGACAGAAAAUUCCAAGCUCGUCUCCUUCCUGACGACGAAGACACCAUAUUGGAAGUUCAAGAAGUAGAGAACCUUCUGAAUAGUUUUAAGACAAAAUUGGCUGCAUCGUUGGCAAGAUGUCGAAUCAAACAUGAUGCCCUUUCAAUAUACCACAUUCUACCAGAAACAGUCAGAAAGCAGGAGCUAAGGGCCUCCACUUUGCCACUUUAUGCAUGGAUAAAUACAUGUAAAAUCAGCCCUGACGAAGUUUAUAGUAAUUUAAGGAAAAACGGCUAUCAUAAAGUCAAAUCUGUAUUGCAUAUUGAUGAUAAAGUCUUUGCUGUGGACACACAUUGCUAUGAUGUGUUAAUUUUUCCAUCUCAUCUGAAAAAUGAUCUUCUACAUAUAGAUCUUGUCAAGGACUACAAACUUAUAUUUCAGGUAAACUAA